GUACAUACAAAAAGCGUAAAGAUUGAUUUUUUGUAAAUAAAAGUUUUAUUUGUAAAUUAAAUAAAUAAUUGUUUGUUUUAUUCAUGAAUUAAAAUGUGGUCGGGUGAUCAAAUAUAUAAUGAUGUUCCUGUGAUUUGUAGAGGUUGCCUCGCUACUGAUGUUAAAUUGUUUAAUAUCCGUGAAAAUAACUUAGCAGAGGCGUACGUUCAUCUCAUUGGAGAUUCUUUACACGACCACUUUCCGAAACAUCUGUGCGUGUUCUGUCGCGCUCUCCUCACAAAGUUCCUGUCGUUCAGGGAGAAAUGUCUGAGAUCCCAGGGGUUGUUCGUCGACGCCGAGUAUCAGGGUAGAUGUAUAACACCAGAUACAUUAAGAGAAAUAAGCCAAUGGAAUUACAAACCAAUUUUCACAAUAAUCUCUGAUGCUGGUGAAUACGUUGAGACACCUAUUGAAGAAAAAGUCGACAUUCAUUUGAAACAGGAAGAAAUUCCUGCUCUGCCUGAUGGUAUACUAUAUUUUAAAGAAGAUAAAACUGAAGAGAAAGCCGAUUCAGACGAUGACGAUGAAGAUUUAGUACCAUUAGAGAUAUUCAUCAAUGACUGUAUUGAUGUGGACAGUCCUGAAGUUAGUAAAAAGAGAAUAAAAAAAUCAGAAAAACAAUUGAAAGUUAACACGAGAAAGAGAUCGAAAAUUGUAGAAGAAAAAGAUGUAGGCAUCAAAUCGAAAAAGAGGAAAAUCAAAGUGAAAAAAGAACGUAAACCUAAGACUUCUAAAUCGGCUGAUGAAAUUAAGAAGAUAGCUAACGCGCAAGAGUUCGAUGUAAUAUUUCUGACCAGAGACGAGCAGUUGGAAGAAAUCGAGGAACGCAAGAAGGCCGCUUUGAAAUUGAAGAACAGUAUCAAAUGUAAAUUUUGCGGUAAGAAUUUUCAGACACAAGACCGCUUGGACGCUCAUUUCAAGUUCUACCACGACUCUAGUGUCGGUCAUUUGGUGUGUGAAUUCUGUCAGUGCAGGUUCAAUGCUCGACACAAGUUCUCACAUCACCUGAGGAUACAUUUGGUCAGGUUUUGCUGUAGGAACUGUGGUUUUACAACGAAGAGAGAUUCGACUUUGAAGAGGCAUUACGAGUGGCAUCAAGGGAAGAGACAUAUGUGCACGUAUUGUGAUAAGGAUUUCGCCAAGAUUUCCAGUUAUUUGUCCCACGUGAGACUCAUACACGCCGCCGAGUUGCCGUGGUGUGAACUGUGCGGGGAGUCUUUCAUAGGCGAGAAAGGUGUACAAGCACACAAAAAGUUGAGUCACAAAGGCGUGGACGCGUCUAAGUUCGUCUGUAAUAGUUGCAAAACAAGUUUCAUUGAUGAGAACGCAUUGGACAGACAUACAGCUCAAAAAAGAUGCGACUUAGCGAAUUGCGUUCAAUGUGGUGACGCAUUCGCCAGUCAGCAAUUACUCAAAUAUCAUCUGGUCCAGAGGCACAGGGCUGAGGGCAGUCUGACCAACUGCGACGGCUGCGGUGUGAGAUUCCACAACACGUCCGCCCACCAGCGCCACCUGCCGGCGUGCGGCGCGCGCGCAGUGUGCGUUCAGUGCGGCCGCCACUACGGCGACGAGCGACAGCUCAAACUGCACGAGGCUGAAGAUCACACCAGCACGGAUCUGUUCAAGUGUGAGGAGUGCAACAAGACUUUUUCCAACGCGUAUUAUUUCCGGGAACAUUGCAGUGCACAUUUGAAAAAUAAAGAUGGCGACCCGAGAAAGAAAUCACGCCGCGGCGCACGUCCCGUGGACCCCUCGCUCCGCAAGUGGCGUGUGGUCGGCGAGGAGGCCGCCGACGUGGUGAUGGAGAGGGAGGCGCCGAAGAGGACCCUGGCGAAGAAGGGCGCCAUGUGCGAGGUUUGCGGGAAGAGUUUUCAGAACGCUGGUCUCCUGAAAUACCAUCAACGUAUACAUUCUGGGGAGAGGCCCUAUCAUUGUUCUCAAUGCUCCAAAUCAUUCACCACAAAUAGAUUAUUGGAGGAACACAUACGAGUUCACACCGGCGAGAGGCCGUACAAAUGUGGUAACUGUCCAAAGGCGUUCAAGACAUUGGCAGCUCUUAACAGGCAUAAUUUGGUCCACAACGGCUUACGCCGUCACGUCUGUCAGUUGUGCGACAAGACGUUUCAGACGUCCUCCUGCGCCAAAGUUCACAUCAAGACUGUCCACAUGAAGCUCCCCACGCCUCCCCGCGUGAGGAGGAGAAGGGUGAAGGAUGAAUAGCACAUGGCGCAAUUGAAACAUGUGAGAGAUUUAGCCAAUGGACAAUUUCGGUGAAAAAUGUAAAAAACGGUCAAAUUUAGGUUGGUCAAGUUUAGGUAAAAUUGGUCAGGUUUGGGGAAAAAUGGUCAAGUUUGGGUUUAAUGGUCAAGUUUAGGUAAAAUUGGUCAGGUUUGAGAAAGAUAUGGUCAAGUUUGAAUAAUAAGAAUUGGGCAAACUUGGUAUUCAAUUAACAAUUAUGGGUCAAUUUGAACAGAAAAUUGAACAAUCUUGCCUAAGUGGGAAUCACAUUCCUAAAGCCUACAUUAAUACUGUCCACAUGAAGCUCCCCACGCCUCCCCGCGUGAGGAGGAGAAGGGUGAAGGAUGAAUAGCACACGUCGCAAUUCAAACAUUAAGGAGACUUAGCCAAUGGACAAUUUCUAUGAAAAAUUAUCAGCUUUAAUGUAAAAACUGGUCAAGUUUAGGUAAAAUUGGUCAGGCUUUGGGAAAAAAUUGUCAAGAUUGUGUAAAAAGAUAUGAUCAAGUUUUAUUAAAAGUAUUAAAAGUGUCAAGUUUGGGUAAAAAUUUGGCAGUUUUUGGUAAAAAAAAUUUAGUAAUUCGAUAAAAAAAUUGUUUGCUUUGAGAAAUUAUGGCCGGUUUUGGAUUAAAAUAGCCAACUUGAGUAUAAAAUAGUCAAUUUAAGUUAUAGAUAGGAAUAGCGGUGAUAUUGUGGCGAUAUUUUUAUACUUGUAAAUUCUUGCCAAUUUUCCAAAAGCUAUCAAUAUGUAAACUAUAGUGAAUUUAAGUAAUACACUGCUUUUGUGCAUUAAUGGUUAAUUCUGGAUUAAUAUUAAUAUUUUAUUUUAAAUCCGUAUCGAUCAUUUUUAUACUAAAAACACGGUUGAAAAUAUUGUAAAAAAUUAACAUAGUUAAAAUUUCAAUAAAGGAACUGUAAUGGUAAUUUUAGAAAUAUCAAUCGUGAUAAGAUUAAAAUAAUUAAUGUCUCUGUCAUAGAAACAUUUAAUUUUAUAUACAGUAUUUUCUGCUAAGCUUUCUCAAUAAAAAAACUGCCAUUUUUAAUUUUUGUAGAUUACAAUAUUGUACUUGUAAAAAUAUUCCUUUUAAAUAAUGAAUGUUAUGAUUAAGCACAUUAAGUGCUUUAUAUAUAUUUUGGGUAUGGCAAAAGAAGCAUGAAAGCAGAAUAAAUGCAGUGGAAAUGAGAGCGUUAAGGAGUAUGAUGGGUGUGAAAUUGAGUGACAGGAUAAGGAACAGCGUGAUAAGGGAAUGUUGUGAUGUGAAAGAAGAUGUAGUUACAGGAAUAGAAAAGGGUAUGUUAAGAUGGUUCGGUCAUGUGGAGAGGAUGAAUGAAAGCAGGUUGACUAAGCAGAUAUACAAGGAGAGUGUGGAGGGAAAGGUCGGAGUGGGAAGACCUAGACGAACGUAUCUUGAUCAAAUUAAGGACGUCCUGGUAAAGGGUCAGGUCAAAAGUACCCGAAACCGCCGAGCUUGUAUGAAGAGAGUUAUGAAUGUGGACGAAGCGAAAGAAGUAUGCAGAGAUCGUGGCAAGUGGAAAGAGGUAGUCUCUGCCUACCCCUCCGGGAAAGAGGC